AUGUCGCCUACUGCCACGACUACCAUCACACCGCCAGCUGAUACAACCACAAGCAGCCAAUGCAGUGAUUGUAAUGGAUCAGCCAUUGUCGGAUCACAGGGCAAGAGAAAGAAGCAGCUGGGUCCCUAUCUACUUUUGGAUACACUUUCCUUGAGCGAUGAAUAUAGCAAGACCAAGCGUGCCGUGCAUGUUCACACUGGUAAAGAGGUCGCUGUGAAGCUCAUUAAUAAAGCCCGAGUGGAAGAAUUCAAUCUACGAGACAAGGUGGACUUGGAAAUCUCUAUUCUCAAGCGAUUGAUCCAUCCAUCGAUUGUCAAACUCUUUGAUGUCAUUGAAACCCAAACUCAUGUUGGCUUGGUGAUGGAGUAUGCACCCGAAGGCGAGCUUUUCGAAUACGUGGUGAAGAAUGACUAUGUUGAAGAAUCCAAGGCCCAGGUGUUUUUCGCCCAAUUGAUCAGCAGCGUUCAUUACAUGCAUCGUAAGCAAGUUGUGCAUCGAGAUCUUAAGCUGGAAAAUCUAGUACUCGUGGAUGAUCAACACUUACUUGUCACGGGAUUUGGAUUUGCCAAUCGCUGUGAGGGAGAUUUGUUAUCGACAUGUUGUGGGUCGCCGUGUUAUGCAGCCCCAGAGCUGUUGUUGCGUACCGAGUAUGUAGGCCCAGCUGUUGAUAUUUGGUCAUGUGGCGUUGUGCUAUAUACAAUGUUAUGCGGAUACUUGCCAUUUGAAGAUCGUGGCUUUACAGCACUCAAAAAUGAAGGCAACGUGAAUCUAUUGUAUCAAGACAUGCUUGAAGCAGCUUUGACAUUUCCACCUCGUGUCAGUGAAGAUGCACGCGAUCUUUUGCGCCAAAUGUUGGAGCCGGAUCCUGCAUUCCGAUGCAGCAUUGAUGUGGUGAUAGCGCAUCCUUGGUUGGCAGCCCAUCGUGCUUUUUUGGAAAAGCCCAUGCAUAUACUUGAAGAAGAAGCUACAAAAACGAUUGCAGAUAAUCGUCAGGCGACCACAACUUCUGCUACUGUCACUACACCCACGAAUGGUCAUAAUGGUAUUAAUUCACCUGUGCCAACUGAACCCGAUGAAGAUUCAAUGGCUGCACAAGCUGCAGUUUCCACUACCCAAACUACCGAUGCUGCUCCUAAAGCUUCCCGAGUCACCAUUACUGCUCCACCUACACCACCAUCUCCUUCGCCUACACCUUCGCCUACACGACAACAAGCUGCAGCAUCAACACCUGUAUUGACGUACUAUUCUAAUAAGCAGCAAAACGCUACUAUUGAGAAAGAAGAUCAUCAUCACAAUAUGCGUCUUUUUGGCAGCCUGCGAAGAUUUAUCCGGAGGAGAAGUAAAAAAGGUAGAAAGGGCGUGCUUUCUUUUAUUCAUCAUUCCAGUAAUGACAAUAAUGAACCGUGCACGCGUGUGCAAUACGAGUCAUUGCUGAUUUUCCGAAAGAUGACUGAGACUCAAUUGGAAUCCUACUUGACACAAGUCCUUGGUGUACUUGGUAUCAAUGCCACAACACACAAUCUCAAGUUUGAGUGUACUCGACCUGCUGCCCCUCACUCUGGUGCUAUUUACGGCGACAAUGAGAGCCGAAGGAAUGUGACGUUCAUGGUAGAAAUUUGUGUUGCAGCAGCAGCAUCGCAUGGAUUACGCAUGAUCGAUGUGCGUCGUAUCGAUGGCGAAGAAACAGCGUACGAGUUUUUGUGUGGCAAGGUCUUGGAUACCUUGGAAAUGUUGAUCAGGGCAACCACAGCCUAA